UUGUUAUCGUCACCCUUCCCCCUACUUCCACCAUCUUGUGUUGGUCUUCUUUGUCUUUCCCAAUGCUAGCUUUCGCUGGAAAUUAUUUUUGAGAGCUAGUGCCACGUCUGACAUCUGGGAAAAAAGUACACUGGUUCUUGGUAGUAGCUACACCUACUUGGUUUAGGUUGAAGCCUUUCCCAUUAUAAAUCAUGGAUGACGAUACACCUAAAACUUUGUAUGUUGGAAAUCUUUCUAGAGAUGUGACUGAAGCCCUUAUCCUCCAGUUAUUCAGUCAGCUUGGACCUUGUAAAAGCUGCAAAAUGAUUGUGGAUAUGGCUGGUAAUGAUCCGUACUGCUUUGUGGAGUUUUAUGAACAUAGACAUGCAGCUGCAGCUCUUGCUGCCAUGAAUGGGAGGAAGAUAAUGGGUAAGGAGAGAAAAACACACUGGCAGACGACACCUUCACAUCAAUCAAAAAGAAAUGCUAGCAACCAUUUUCAUGUAUUUGUUGGAGACUUGAGUCCAGAAAUUACAACUGAAGACAUAAAAGCAGCUUUUGCACCAUUUGGAAGAAUUUCAGAUGCACGUGUUGUUAAAGAUAUAGCAACAGGAAAAUCAAAAGGCUAUGGCUUUGUAUCCUUCUUCAAUAAGUGGGAUGCUGAAAAUGCUAUACAGCAAAUGGGUGGUCAGUGGCUUGGAGGAAGACAGAUAAGGACUAAUUGGGCCACAAGGAAACCACCUGCUCCUAAAAGCUCCUAUGAAACAAACACAAAGCAGUUGUCAUACGAUGAGGUGGUAAAUCAGUCAAGCCCGAGCAACUGUACAGUCUAUUGUGGUGGUGUGUCAUCAGGAUUGACAGAACAAGUUAUGCGUCAGACAUUUUCACCUUUUGGACAGAUUCUGGAAAUUCGUGUCUUCCCAGACAAAGGGUAUUCCUUUGUGCGGUUUAAUUCCCAUGAAAGUGCAGCUCAUGCAAUUGUUUCUGUCAAUGGGACCACCAUAGAAGGAUAUGUUGUGAAAUGCUACUGGGGCAAAGAAACACCAGAUAUGAUCAGCCCAAUUCAGCAGAGUCAAAUAGGGUAUGCGCAGGCUUAUGGACAGUGGGGUCAGUGGUAUGGAACUGCUCAACAGAUUGGUCAGUAUGUGCCAAAUGGCUGGCAGGUGCCUGCAUAUAGCAUGUAUGGACAGGCUUGGAAUCAGCAGGGGUUUAAGUAA